AUGGCUCCACGUGGUGCUCGCAGCGGUGGCGGUCAGCCAUCGCGCGAGUCAAAGGCGACUUCCAUGAAGUCCAAGGCCAGCUCUCGAGGUGGUAUCUCAAAGAAAAGAGCUGGCACUACCAAGAUUGACGGAGAUGGAGAUCUCGACAUGGACAGCGCUGCCCGGCGGUCAGCCAGGUCUGCCGGUGCGCAGCCAAGUGCCGGGCCAUCAAAGCCCAAUACGAGAUCCUCCAACGCGAAACCUGCUCGUGGCGCUUCCAAGGUGGCACAGAAUGUAUUGAAACACCUUGCCAACGGCGCUAGUGGGGAUACCGCAUCCCGCAUCACCAGAGGAAGAGCGAAGACUGGAGCUGGCCUGUCUUACCUCAGAGUCUAUGGCCUCAGACAGAGCAAGGCCUCGAGCAACCCCGAUGGCGGUCUCAAAGACCUUCUAAGCUUUAUGGAAAGGAAAGCUUCCGCAUUUACCACCGGACGGCAACGACGAAACAUUAUGAUUAAGAAGUCACACCUUGCUGGAGACUACGUGUUCAUAGGUGCCAGCAAAGAAGACGCAGAAGAACUAAUCAAGCUGAACACGUUCACCUUUGCCGGAACACCAUUGGACGUUGUCGAAUCGACAGAAGGGCUCGGCCAACCGAACAAGGCCACAGAAUCAAAGGAAACGCAAGAGCUUCGCGCAAAAUUGCAGGCUAUUCUUGGCUCAAGAUACUUCCAGGCUAACAAGCUGCUGAAGCUUGACGCCCUAUCGACAGAUCCAGAGCUCGUCCAGCUCGGCAUGUUUGAGAAUCGCGAGCGAGCCCUCAAAACAUUCAAGGGUCUGAUGGUCAUUUGCGAUGACCUUUUCAAAACGGCCCAGCAAAAACGCGACGCCAUUGAAAGCAUCAGCGUGGCUAGCAACGGCAUUGACGAUGUCGCCCAGGUGGAAAAUGUCUCGAACACUUUCCCUCAUCUCAAGAAUCUUGACAUGAGCGGCAACCAGAUUGCAAGCAUCAAGGCCAUGGAGCGCUGGAAGGGCAAAUUCAGGGAGCUUAAGACGCUCUACAUGGCUGGAAACCCCAUCGAAACUGCGGACCCAACCUAUCACAACACUCUGCUCGAGUGGUUCCCGAAACUGCAGGACAUCAAUGGUGUCGAGCUGCGAACGGCAGCCCAGAUUGCAGAGCGCGAGGAGGCGCUGAAGCCGAAGGCUAUUCCACAAAGCGGCCCGGACUUCAGAGAUGUCAACGGGAUCGGCGAGAAGUUCCUGUUGGAAUUCUUCGAUGCCUAUGACAAGGAUCGUCAAGGUCUCAUCACCAGACUGUACGACGAGGACAGCCAAUUCUCCGUGGCAGUCGACACCAACUCCGUUAGAGACGGGAAUGCGCCGACGCCUCUGCCCUGGGCAGCAUACCUGAAGUUCUCACGGAACCUCGUCAAAAUUACGCACCAAAACGCCAGGGCCACACGGCUAUUCAAGGGCGCCAGUAGCAUCUAUGACUUGUGGAAAAUGCUACCAUUGACCCAGCAUCCCAACAUCAAGGCAGACCUGAGCAAGUACAUUAUGGACUGCCAUCCUCUUCCUGGCCUGGUUGACCCAUCUGGACAAAACCCCCUGGGAGUGGACGGUCUCAUUCUUGUCAUCCAUGGCGAAUUUGAUGAAUAUGAUCAGAAGAGUGCCACGACGGGCAAGAGAAGCUUCUCGCGCACCUUUGUGCUCGGACCCGGACAGCCAGCCAGGGGUGGGAUUCGUGUGGUCAGCGACAUCCUGUCGCUACGUGCCUGGAAUUCUUUGCCGGACGUGUUUCGCGCCAAUGCCGCCGCACCGGCUGCCCCGGUCGCACCAGCGCAGAACCAGCAGCAGGCUAUGAUUGCUGAGCUUUGCAAGCAGACUGGCAUGACACCUCAGUACUCUGAGAUGUGCUUGGCGCAGGUGAAUUUCGAAUUUGACAAAGCGCUUGUCAUUUUUAACGAAAAGAAGGCGCAACUGCCUCCCGAGGCUUUUGCUGCUCCUGUGCAGUAA